AUGUCCUCUUCAAGCUUCAAGAGCUCUGUCUCUGUGACCCAUAUCACCACUGCCACCGCUAUACUCCAGAUUGACGAUGUCACCUUUCUCACUGAUCCAGUCUUUGGACCAGCCGGGGUUGAGCACGACAUCACUCAUCUUUUCCCUGAUGCCAAGGAGCCUCUGGUGACCAGCAGCAUGGAGGACCCAGCCCUGGGCUUGCAUGAACUCCCCCCCAUCGACUCCGUGCUACUUAGCCAUGAGGAUCACUGCGACAACCUGGACCCCGUGGGUCGACAACUGCUCGAUGGCCGCCAUGUUGUCACCACCAUGGACGGAGCCAAGAACCUCGCGCCUCGCCCCGGCGUCCACGGAAUCAAGCCCUGGGAGCAGCAGACCCACUUUAUCCGCGGUGUCAAGUACGAGAUCACCGGCACCCCAUGCGUCCAUCUUCCCGGGGGCGAGGUCACCGGCUUCAUCCUCCACACGGCUGCUUUCGCCCACUCGGCGGAUGGACGACCCAACGCAAUCUGGGUGACGGGCGAUACGGUUUACCUGGAGGAAUUGAAGCAAAUGAAGCAAAAGUUCCACAUCAUGCUGGCAGUGAUGAACUUGGGCGCGGCCAAGGUCAUGCCCCCCGGUCAUUCGGAGCCGCUGCAGAUCACCAUGAGCGGCGGCGAUGCCGCGAGACUGGUCCGCGAGAUUGGGAUCGAGCGUAUUGUCCCCAUUCACUUUGAGGCAUGGCAUCACUUCACAGAGAUGGGAAAGGAUCUGCGCCAGACGUUUGAGAAGGAAGGCAUUCUAGAGAAGGUGUCUUUCGUUGUGCCGGGAGUGCAAAGCAAGAUACUGUGA